AAUAUAUGUAUUAAUGUUUUAAAGAAAACACUUUCUUAUAGCAUUAGACGGGGAUUUUUUUCAGAGACAAAUUUGGGAAGAUGUUUGGAAUAACACAUACAUUUGUUGCAACUCGCAGUGGUUUCAUGCGAUUUAAUGAGCAUCGGCAAGAAAAUGAAAAGUAUAAUGGAACUGAUAAACCAGUUUUUCAGUUGCAUACGAGAGCUACAGAAGAAGAAUUUUAUAAAAGGGCUGUAGAUUUCUACAACAUCAAUAGCUCUGCUUUUGUCUAUUCAGUGCCACAUGAUGCUGGUAGUCGUAAAAAUAGCGUGGUAACUGGGAGUCGAGCCAUAUUUCUCGGAACUGGAAAGAAGAAAGCCCCUGCUGCUGUAGUUGGAUUACAGUUUCAACAUUCAAUAUUUGCUGAUUCAUUUUUAAAUACGACAUCCAAAUGUAUGCAAACUUGUACAUAUAAAUGCAGGGAUGAGGAGUUAGAUUGCUUUCUCUUGGAUAAUAAUGGAUUCAUAAUUGUUUCUGAAAAACGAGAACAUACAGGAAAAUUCUUUGGAGAGAUAGAUUAUACGUUAUUUGAUUCUAUGAUAGAAAUUGGGAUAUAUAAAAGGGUCCAUGUCUAUGAUUACCAAGCAGUAUGCUUGGAGGUUGAUCCAUCGUAUGGUUUUGCUCCUCUUCUGCUAAGUCCAUUCCACCAUUUACGAAAUAUCUUAAACUGGAUCUGGAGUAAACUGGCUCUAUUAUACAUUCAGUUCAGUCUUUAUGAGUGGUGGUCUAAAGACUGGAUAAUGGCAUCCAGUGAAUUUGAAUAUGAAGAACACAAAAGUGACAAACCAAAUAAAACAGUUCCUCAUCCUUGUGAAAAAGAAUUAGACUUGUAUGAAAUGUUGUCACGAGAUUUUACAGAACCAGUGAAAGGACGUCUCUCUAUGUGCCAUGCUUCAGGCUGUGAUAAACAAUUUAUAGUUCAACAAGUACCUUUUACAAAUCUUGUUAUGCUAGUUGUUUAUACUACAUGUCCUUGUGAAACAACUUCAGUUAAAUUGGAACCAAAAGAAGUACGGCAGAAUGAGACCUUGCGUUGUUUGCGAAUGGAGCAAAAUAUAUACAGAAAGCGUCCAGAAGCCUGUAUUAAUUAUCAUCCAGAAGAAACAGAUAUGAACCAUGAGUGUGGAGGAUCUAGUUAUAUUAAAUCCAUUAAUAUUUGUAAUUUAAUAUUAGGACUUGCAAUUUUUUACUACACCCUGAAUUGUUUCCAUAUCUGAAGAAACAAAUUUUGUCUUGCCUUGUUAAAGUGAGGCUUCAUUGAAAGUACUGCCUGCCUUGCUGACCCAGACAUUGUUGUUACAUUGUUAUAUUUUAUAUGUCUGUGCCAACUAGACUGGACGUACAUUAUUGGGAAUGUUCCGUGAACUGUAAAUGACAUCUGUUUUUCACAUAAGGUCCAUGUGUGAUACUAUUAAAGUGGCUCAGUUUGCCCUGCAAGGACUUAUAUAUAAUAUAUAUAAACAUCACAGAUUAUUUAGAGUAAUAAAAGUCUGCUUUUGUUGGUAGUUAUUUAAUAUCAUAUAAAGUUUAUGUCUAGAAAUUUUAACACAUCUUAAACUUUAAAUGAAUUAAAAAGAAUCUCCAAGUCCACAUAUCUUCUAUUAAUAUAAAUAAUUAUCUAUUUUCUUUGUGUAUUAAGUAAUAUAAGAAAAAUUAAAAAGCUGCAUAUCAUAUUAUAAUUGUGAUAAAUGAUUGUUAUAUAUAAUAGCAUUUUAAUAUAGAAAGCAUAAGAUUCCCAUAUUACUUGAAGACACAGAAUUUAGUAACUAAUGCAUAUCUCAGUAUAUAUAUAUAUAUAUAUUAUAUAUAUAUAGUGUUUCUGUAUUUUUAAUUAUUAUUGUUAAGCAUAUCAUUCUUCAAGUUAAUAAAAGUUUUGAAUUGUUUACAAAAUAAUCUUGCUUGCAAGAACACUCUUAAAAUAUAUUUUGUGAAUUGUAAAUCAAAAAUAUCAUUUAUUUGAAAAUAUGUGUUUGUAUAUAUGUAUGUAUGUAUAUAAUGCAUUAAUUUAGUUAUUGUUAAUUCAUAUGUAAUAAAUUUUUGGCAAUAUGAUAUAAAAGAAAAAAAUGGUAAAAUUGGUAAAGAAAUUAUUAUGUGCUUUUAAUACGAAUUUGUGAAUGAUGAAUUAUAUAAAUGUAAAUAAUAAAAAGAAAUUACAUAUAGAUAACACUUUUAAAAUUAUAUUUAUAAAUUUAAUAUGAAUACAGAAAUGUAUUCUGACUCUAGAGAAAGCAUUUUAACUGCUAGCAAAGCAUCUUAAUGCACAUUCGUUUGAUUUAGAAAACAGAAUUAUCUUUUAAAUUAGAUCCCAUUAAAUUAUUCUGGUGAUUUUGAUUCAUCUCAAAUGAGUGAUGGAUAAUCAAAAAUUACCUACAAGUUUUCCUUCUUUUUUAAAAUAUAAAACAUUUUUAUCAGUAUUUAUGUAAAAUAAUUUCUAAGAUUCCAUUUUUAAUCCCAAUUUAAAUAGUAUGUGAAGAUGAAAUUAUCUUAUCUAACUUAAAAAUUCAGUGUGGACUGAGACAUCCAGAUAUAUUCCCUUUAAUCAUGGUAGAAUAAUUUGGCAUAAUGUUAUGCUGAAGCUCUCUAAAUAUGCAGUGCAGAUUUGUUUAAACUGUGAAAUAAAAGCUGUUAUCAAAUUCAAAUGCUAUGUGAUUACUAAUGUGAGUUUAUGUUUGCAAACUUUGGAUCUUGUAUUAUUUUGCUUUUGUUGAACAAAAUUACAUUAGAUCUUCUCUUUGUAAUAUUUAAUUGUACUGUGCUGUAAAUCCUUUUCUAAAAUUAAAUUUUAAUAUUCUAAAAGCUUUUGUCGGAAACUUGUGAGUAUUUGGGUUUCUCAUCAUUUUAAAUGCAUCAUCAUUAUGACUUUAAGAUACAUUAUUUUUCCGAUGACUUCAAAAUUUUAAGAUUCUUUUAGAGGCCAUAAUCCAUAUUCAUGUUAUUUCAUAUGCACCAUUAUCUAUUUUUCUGGACAGAAAUAUACCUGUUGUGAUAUCGGCAUAGUCUCGGCAAAAUGUGAUAAAUGCCUUUAUAUUUUUUAUUUUGUAAUUAUUUUAUUACAUAGAAAACAUAAUCAUUAAUAAAAUAUCAAGCAAUAAGCAAAGUACACAUAAGUAUAAGCCAAACAGUGAGAAUCUUGUGGAACUUUCAUUUACUCUGAAUAAUCUGUGAUUUCAGUGGUGUUAGUGACUUUAAAUACAAGAUUUGUUGUAUGCAAGCUAUGGUGCAAGAUCUCAAUAUAUCACUUUUGUAUGCUCAUUGGCUUGUACAUCCAUUCAAGCUUGAACAAAAUGUUUGUAUAUUUCAUCUACUCUUGCCCUCCAAGCUUCUUCCUUAAUCAUAUUGCGUAACUUUUCCUUUUAUCAAAAUACUGCAUCACAAAGCAUAAUCUCUUCCUUGUUAAUUUUAAUAGGGUUGCCAACUGUUCUGCAGUAAUAUUACAGUGGCUUUUCUUACACUAAAAUGUAAUAUUUGCGUUAUUUUGGAAAAUGCAUUAUUAUUAUUUUUUAAUAACUUUGAGUUGUAUGUUAGAUAUAUACAUUGAAUUUCAAUUUCAGUUUUAUAGCUACAUUCAAAUGAGUAUGGCUAUGAACACGGCAAUUCUAGUCAUUUCUAUAGGCUUGAAAAAAACUACAAAUUUACUUAACACCAGAGUCGUAGCUAGGGUUUUUAGCGCCCAUCGACAACUGAAGACUUCGUGCCCCUACUGCUUGCCAAGGAUGGAAAACAUUUAAUUCUAAAAUUUCGUAAUAUCAAAUUGGUGCCCCUUGGAUGCUGCGCCCGGGGACAGAUGUCCCCCUUGCCCCCCUCUAGCUACGCCCCUGCUUAACACCCUCUGUUUUAAUGCAGUUUUUCUGCUGGAAACUUUUCUUGGUUUAAAAUAACAAGAUCAAUUCACUUUUCAUGUGUAGUGUAUUUUCAUCUGUAGUAUAUAUAUUAAUUAGCAAAAUAUAAAAUUUUUAUUAUUUUUUUUCCUUUUAAAAAAGUAUUAAAUUGACCAAAAAGUAAAUGUUUUUUUACAAAAUCAAUUUUAUAUUUUAAUGUGUAUGAAAGAAUUGCAAAAAUAAAACUAAAUGUCUUAUAUCAAUCAGUAAGUUUGAAAAAGUAUCCAUUUAAUUAGAUAUAAGAAUUUUUGCCAUCGUAUACAUUGUAAAAGGAAAAAGAUGAGAAAUGUUGGAAAAAGGGGAAAUAUUAAGGUGUAUACAGAGAGGUUUUACAUUUAAUCAUUUAAAGUUUUUGAAUUUAAAAUUUAAACCUAGAAAGUAAUGUAAUAUUAAAUCAAUUUAAUGGGUAAUCAUUGAUUUACUACAGCAGAUAAUAUAGAUAUCAAAAUAUUAUUUAACUGAGAAAGUAAACAGCUAAAAAGGUUGCUACUUCUUGAACAUCCUAUUGAUUGCAUUAAUUAAGUGUUACUUGUUUAUUUUCUAUGAAACAGAAUCACUCAAAUACUUGCCCAUAUGAUUGAAUAUGAAUAGUUUGAUUAGUUUAUGAAUAGUUUGAUUAGAAUUGACUAGUUUGAUCUAUUAUAUCACAGGUUGGCUACCCUAAUUAUUUUCUUGAUAGAGAAUGGGGCUUGAAAUCCUACACUGUGAAAAUGAUACAUAUUUUUGAAUAUACAGAAUAUUACAGAAAGGUAUUGUUUAAAAUACAUACAGUGGAAUAUACAUUGUGACCAGAAGGUAGACAUAUUUAUUAUUUUCACUAAGACCAGCUCCAAGUUAGCCAACACAGUUCACUAAGUGUUGGCUAAGUUUGCAGCACAAAACUUCUACCAAUUCCUAAAAACAAUUCAUGAUGACUGUUUGCUCUACUCCUGCAUUUGUUGAUAUCUCCUCAAGAAUUAAUGCCAUGGUUCUAUUAUACUCACAAUGAACUAUCUUAAGAAUGUCUGGAUGUUAAUAGGACUUCAAAUAGAAGAGAAAAUGUUUAUUAUUUAGGAAGUUUUCAUUGCUGGAAUUGCUACCUUGAAAAUAUUCGGUACUGUUCUGUUAUCAAAACCAGAUCCAGAAAUGUAUGUAUGUGUGCUUGUAUGAAUGAAUGUAUAUGUGUAAGCAUGAAUGUAUGUGUGUAUACAUAUACACAUAUGCAUACAUUCAUACAUUUAUGAAUCCGAUCCUGAUAACAGAAUACUACCAAAUAUUCUUUGUUUCAAUCAGACAUUAUAGAUAGCUGUGGAUAAAUAGUUUUCUACUUGAGAUGAUGUUCAGAAUGUUUUCAGUGUAGUUCAGUAAGGCCAUCUAGUAGUCUAGUUAGUUGUGUGGCUUCUUAUUAUGGGGGAAUUCAACAAAUGCAAUAGAACUGUGAGUGGUAAUGAUGCCUUUUUGGGGAGGAUUAACAGAACUGUGUUAUAUUAAAUUUGAAGGUCUUCCUUGAAGUAGCUAUAUGUGAAAAUGUGGAUUUAUAUGAAACAUGUCAUGCAUAUUAGCUGGCUGUAUACGUUCCAUUAAUUAUUUUAAUACAAACUUUCUUUCCAAUAUCUUGCAUAUCAAAUAUGUUAUAUGCCAUUUUCAUUCAGUGUAAGGUAUUUCAUGCAUCACUUUAUCUGUUCUCUUUCAAAAACAUUUGGAGAUGUAAAUAUACUAAGUACAAGAAUUUAUUUCUCUUUUCUUAAAGUGAAUAUUCAAUUGUUCUGUUUUCUUUUUUGAAGUUUAAUAGUUUCAUAUAAAAAUGUUUUAUUUCAAAAUAUUGAAUUAUGAAAACAAUUCAGUUUCAUUGAAGAUUUUUCCAUGACAUCAUGUUUUUUACAAUGUUAGAUAUAGCUUCAUAAGAUCUAUUUAAAUAAUCAAAAAAUAAAUUUGUAUUGUUUUUUAACUGAGUAUGUGUGUAAUCCAUUCACAUAUUUGUUAUGCGUACAAUUUUCAAUGUUUUCCUUUUAUAAAGGCAUAAUUCUUGUCUCAUUUAUACUAUUAAUUAUGCAUUUUUAUGCAAUAUAUAUUUGUCAUGAUAUGUGGAAGUGUCUCAAAUAAUUUAGAGCCUACUUGUGUUACUUUUAACUGUAUUUAAUUUUGAAAGUCUAGUCGCAUAACCCAUUCUAGUUUGUUCUACAAUAACGCAUAUUCUAGUUGUAUGGAAAAUAAUCAUUUGUAAUUUUGUGAGAUUAUUGUAGUUUUAAUACAGUUUUAUGUAUUUCUAUCUUCUAUAAAUAAGUCUAGAACACAAAUAUCAGUAUUUUCUAUUACAGCUGAGUAAAUUGUUUAUAGGAAAAUAAAUCUUUUAAAGCAAAAGAAGAAAAAAUAUGGAUUUUUCUUUAAAUGUGUUGAUGCUGUACUCAGAGUAUUUUGUUAUUAUCGUAUAUUAUUUACAAAACUGGCAUGUUAUCUACCAAAACUUGUGUGUUACUUUCCCAUAGGGAACACCAUCUCAAAUAAGCUUCAGUGCCAAACAUCUAAACAUUGCUAAACCUGGCUGUUAAUCAAAAGAAAAAGUUAUUAAAUGCAUUACCAAUUACAUUGGCACAUUUUUAGAUGGUAAUGCUGAUGAGAAAGUAACAUUUGUUUUCAUUAUAGAAUUAUAACUUAUUAAUGUGUAAUAACUGCUUUUAACCCUGUUUGUUUUAUAUGCUAUUUAGUGAAAUUUUAAAAUAUCGUAAUGUAUGUGCUGCUUAAAUGUCUCUUCAAAUUCUCUUUAUAUGGUAAAACAAAGGUACUGCAUAGCACACACAUAUCUUUUCUUUGUAUUUUAUCUAUUCAUGAAAUAUUUUUCUUUAUCUUUUUCUUACAUAGUCUAGUUUUAUCAAAGUAGCAAAUUUUGAAUAAAAUAUCCUUUUUAGAAUAUUUUAAUAUCUAUAGACAACUACUUAUUCUAAGAAAAUUUUCUUUAAGUUAACAAUCAUAAAAAUUAUAUUAAAGCAUAUUUGUACAGGGGGAAGGGGAUGUUGAUAAUACAGAAUUUUAUAUUGGGCAUAGGAUUCAAAUAUUAUAUCUACUCAUAUUGCAGAAAUAUGAGUAUGUAUAGAUUUGUUUUUAUGUAUGUAUGUUUAAGCACUUUUCAAAGAAUUCAAAAUUCUUUAUCAGUCUUCCAGUAGCUCUAAUGAAAAUUAGGUAUUUCUCUUAGAGGCAACAAAAAAUACCUGUUAAGAGCUGAAUAACUACAUUUUUAUUGCUAACUAAUUACUGAAAGCUACUGUAUUAUGAGAGAAAAUAUGAGAGUAUACAUGAAUUACAUUAUUUAAAUAUAAUUGUGAUUGAUAGAUAUUUAACCUUUCUGUACAAGAGUAUUUUCAUUUUGUAAUCAGUCAGAUUUGGAGCUUAGCAAAACUGCAAUAUUGCUUUUCAAAUUUGCUGAAAUAUACAUAAAAAUGCACAAUUUUGUAUUAAAACAUAUCAUAAAUACUGGUAAUGAAUUAAUGCACCAUAUCAUUUAUAUUAUACACUUUGUUUGAGGUUUUUCGUGUUUUAUAUAGAGUAAUUUUACUUUCAAUUUCUUAUGCAUUAUAAUUACUUUAAUGCAUAAAAUGUCAAAAUUGAUUGAUAUAAAAUAUGAUAUCUAAUGUUUCUGUGUUUAAUUUUUUGCAGUUGACAAACUGGGACUGGUGAAUGUUAAAAUUGUAAAGGAAUACCAAAUAUUUAAUCAAACUAAUCACUAAUGCUCAAGCGAUAAAAAUUAAUGCUAAAUACAUUGAUAUGAGGAAAACAUUUUACAUACAAUUACAUGUAACAAACUUCUGCUUAUGACAUGUGGUCAUUAAAUAAUAUGACUUGGAUGCAAAAAUAUGAGUUAUUAUUACAGUUUUAUAAUUUUGUGGUUAUUUCCUUCGUUGAGCUGUUUUCCUUUUAUCUGCAUACUGUUACAUGCAUAUUUUCCAUUGUUGAAAACAGUCCUGUAGUUCAUGUGUCAACUCUUUCAUCAGCUAUUGUGUUCUUUCCUCUACAUCAUCUCUGUCUAAAAAUGAAUCCCCUUGUAUGAGGAUUUUGGUUUAGGAAAUGGAUACAAGUCACACAAUACUAAUCCAGUAAGGUUGGUUUCCAGCAUUGGGAUAUGCAAUGCUUUACAAGCAGAGUACGACAAAUUGGACAUUUUUGUGUUAUGUGUAGAAUCCACACAUUGUUCUUUCAUAACUGAAAACUCUGUUUUCUCAUCUAUUUAUUUUUUAAAUUUAACUAGAAUUUAACGUUGCUAAUGUUGACAGGUCUAAAUCAUCAUAAGUCAUGGCUAUCUACAGCUGCCCAUUCAGUUAUGACCACACUAUUAAUAUCAAAGGAAACGAUUAGCAUUGUCUUCAUUUUCUCAUUUUUUAUGAUCAAAGUUUUCCAUUAUAUUGACUGCUUUCUUGUUUCACAUUUAUAAGUGAAGAUUCCAUAUCUUAUCACAUAUGCUGAUCUUUCCAAGCAAGUCUGAUUUCACUGUGAGUUGUUCAAUGAUGUGGAUAAACUUGAAUCUUUUUACCAUAUAAUUAGGUUUGAGGAAAAACCUUUUGGUGUAGACUUUUCUCAUAUUUAGUUGUUUGUAUUAUCUGUUUAUCAAUGAACAAGCAUCACAUCAGUUACUAUCUAAAAUGCUUAACUGGUGAUCUUAUCUAGCAUUUAGUUUAAAGGGAAAUGAAAUGUAUGCCUGAUUCAGAUCUAAAACUUUUUGAUAUUAACUAGCAUUCUUUGAUGAACCAAUAAAUUAAUCUGAAUAAUAAUAUUGGUAUAAUAUGCACACUAGAGACACAUUUUAUCAUCUAUUCCUGCCCCCCCCAACUUUCUAGACAGAGGCAACAUUUUUUUUAUUAUUAUUUGAUUACAGCCACCCACACAUUGGUCUCUGCCAAAUUAAGAGAUGCCAGAUGGGUCACAUUUAAGGGAAAGUGGCUCAGUUCCUUGUUACACACGGGAAAACUGUGAAGAAACCCAUGCAGUGCACAGAACUACCAGUGUUGAGUUACUUUACUGCUCAGCCAUUGGUGGGCAAUAAUUGGUGAUCAUUAUGAAUCAUUUUGUUGAUUUCUUGAAUCUUUGCUCAGUUUUUUUCAUGAUAUGUUACUCAAUCCUUUGCCACCUGGCCAUUCCUCAGCAGAUCACUUAUUAAAAUAUUUACACAUUUUUGGUAUUACCAGUACACAGCUCCUGAUACGAUUUUGAAUACUUAACUCAGAGAGUUCUUCAUUUUUCACAAGGGGUUUCAGAUUAAGGUGACAUUCAUUUUUUCACUCUAGGUAUAAUCCCUGAGAAUCAAUACUGUACCUGCUUCUUGUAGCAUUAAGGAACUCGAUGCACAUGUGCUAUUGUGUGUGUGUACUACAGUGGGUGCUAUGUGCUAUUGUAUACUGCAGUGGGGUGAUGAUUAUACCUGUAAUGUUCUAUUCCAUUUCACAAUGUCCUGCAUACAUUGGCACGCACAUAUAUGUGUAUGUAGCUAUAUAUAAAAUUUUAUGAUACUUAUGUAUCAUAUAACAAAGUGUCAUUAUAACAAAUAUUAUCAUCAUUAUAACAAAGUGUCUCAAUUUUUGUUCAAAAUGUCAGUUUACAAAUUUUGAUUUGAAAAUCAUCACAACAGCUUAAAUUUUAAAAUAUUUUAUUUUCUGAACAGAUUUAUUACUUUUAGGAAAUUGAUAUAAUGUAACCCACUAUUAUAGACAUCCAUGUUUUCCUGUGUAAGAAUGUUUUAUAUGUAUAUAUUAUUCUAAAUUUUUUAAGGAAUCUUUUUCUUUAGAAAAGGCUAUGAAUUUUUGCUGUUAUAAAUAAAGGUGUGUGAUGUAUUUCCAAUCUGAGUUACGUUUAGCAAAGUUUUUCAAAACCUUUGUUUGUGGAUUUGAAAUAUCUUCACUAGCUUCUCUGAAAUAAUGAAGAGCAUUCUCUGCAGUUUCUUAGUUUUAAAAGAAAUAAAUUAAGUGAAACAUUUAACUAGUUGAAAAAUAUGCAUAAUUUUUCUUUAAUUAAAAUAACAAAGAAUUUUAGAUGUAUUUUAUUGUUGUGUAUAUGGAAAAAUGUUACCUCUAUCUUGAAAGUUUGAGGACAGAUGAUAAAGUAUAUCUCCAGUGUGCUUGUAAACCAAUAGUAUUCGGAUUUAUUUAUUGAUUCACCAUAGAUUCUUUUAUGCAAUAAAGAAUGUUAUUUAAUACUAAAAGAUUUUAGAUCUGAAUCAGGCUUUUAUUUCAUUUCUCUUUAAACUAUAAAUAAAUAGCCUUUUAAGUGAUCUAUUUCAAAAUAUGUUGGAAAGAAUUUUUUGGUGGAGGGGGGGCUGUUAUAUGGUAUGUUUGUAAGUAUUUUUUUUAUAAAUUAUUAUACAUGUAAUAUAUUUCUGACCUUUUUUCCUGAUAUCUCAUCUGCCUUUACUUGUGUAAUUAUUCCUUGAUUAAUUUCUUGUUGCCUCUUAUACAUACUAAAAAGAAACUUUGUCAUUCAUUAUCAUUAUUCAGAAACAAAUUUGAGAGUAUCUCCAUUUCAUUUCAAGUUUUUUCUUUUUAAGAUUUCAUUAUUUUAAUAUAAGUCUCAAAAGUAGUACUUUAUUUUAUGUGUUUAUUUUAUGCUUCACUAUGGUUCUCAUGUGUAAGUUUUACAACUGCAUUAUAAUGCCUCGUUUUUCUUCAUUUAAGUAACUUUUAUUCUGACUACCCCAGGUAUUAAAAUAUUAUUAUUGAAAUCUUUCAAAAUCUUAUUCUAAAAGAAAAUAACUAUUUCACUUCUGCAUAUCUAGUUGAAAGUUAAAAGUACAUUUUAAACUGCCAUUCAAUUUGUAGUGUUUUUUCUCUUUAUUUCGUUUACAUAUUUCAAGUCUAUAAAAAUAUGAAAUUCAAAUCUGAAUAUUUUUCAAGAAAAUUUGAAUUUCUGUAUUUAAGGUAUUCUUAUUAAAACUUAUGUAUUUUUGUUAUAUACAUAAUGUUGAAUUCUGUAAUAUAUUGAGUAAAGAUAUAUUUAUAAAGUUAAAAUAUUCACCAGUCCUGGGUUGGUUGUGUUUUGGAGAUAAUAAAAGGUUUUAUUGGAAUUGUAAAUAUGUUAUUCUUAUACAAAGUAUAACUUAAAAUUGCGCUUCUGAAUUAUAAUUUCUGAAAUUUGAAAAACAUUGGUGCUUGAAAUUUAGCAUUAAACAAUUUGUAUCUUUGUAUGUGUCCAAUGCAAGUACAGUUUUCUAUGGACUUUUUCCCUUAAAUGCAUAAGUUUUGUGUUUUUUCUAGUAAUGCAAUGGAAUUGUUGGAUAAUGCAAUUGUAAUAAAUAAUUGGUUUGUUACAAAAUGAUUUAGAACAUGAAAUGAUUUUUACCAUAUCAAAAUAUUUGAUAAUUGGUGUAGAUAAAAUUAUAUAAAAUUAAAAAAUGUCUUUGUA